AUGAGCCGCCACGCCCACUUCACACCCUCUACUUAUUCCUCUGACUCAGGCCACAACGGCAACGCGAACCAUCACUGCGACUCCCACAAUCGCCCUGCUUACCACACCAACCCCACCCCCGUGUUCUACGACAACCCUGAAGGCGGAUUUCUCAAGCGAGACUCUCAUCGCCAGCCUCACUAUCCGAGCGCGCACGAUCCUCACUCCACGCAGGUAUACUACGACAAUCCCCAGGGUGGAUUUAUCACCCCCCAUUCUACUCUCCCGCCUCCCAACAACGCCCACAUGUACACCACAAACUACAUCCCUCUUCUCGGCCACGCACAUCCCCGACCGCACCCUUACACCCCUUCCCAGCCUUUACAAGAUCUCGGCUUCGGCCCAACGCCGCUCUUUGGGUGGGGCUUUCCCCAGGAUAACCAUUCUGGUCAGUACCCACCCGAGUACUAUCAACAGCACCAAUCACACCCUCCACAAUCUCCAUACGCUCAGACAAAGCAGCAAUACCCAGAACAAGCCCACCAGGCUCCUUACUACGCUCAACAACAGUCACCACCUCCUCCACCUCUUCCUCCUCACCCCCCUCAAGGGCAAGGAUACUACCCUCCGCUUGAAAAUCUCCCACCAUCAUCUCCUCCGCCUAAUCAUGUACCACCCGCAGACCCUCAGGGGCUGUAUCACUAUCCGCAGUCAAACGACCCGGCGGCAUCCAAAAAUGGCCAUCAAAACGUUGACGUCCAGGGUCAUGCACCUGCGGUGUACUCGCAGCCUAUGCCACCGGACGUCCAUCACCCUUCUGUCCCUCCUCCUCCUCAUCACCCCGGCCAUGUACCGCCCCAGCACUAUUCAGAUGAUGGGAUGCGACUGCAGUAUCAUUAUCAUCAUCAUCCGCGCGACCCGUAUGAUCCUUGGCAAGGAGCGCCUCCUCCGCCACCACCUCCAGCACCGGUCCCGCCCUCUUCGCCACCUCAGCAGCAGCAGCAGAAGGGCCGAGCGAACGAGAGGGAGGAAAGGCAGUAUAAGCAGGUUAAAAGGUACAAAGAGCCUAAAGAGAAAGAAUUACCCCAGACUAUCCAGAUCAUCACGCAAGGCGGACAGGACGCCAGCUCCUCUUCAUCGUCCUCGUCAAACAAGAUGGCAGACCAAAUGCAAAUGAUGAUGAUGAACCAGAUGAUGAUGCAGCAAAUGCAAGCUGGCCAACAGCAAGCCGCUCAAAUGGCUGCUAUGACUCAUCAAAGUAUGCAGAACAUACAAAACAGCGCUGCCAAUCAAGGGAACAACAACAAUAACAACAACAACAACAACCGGGGGGACGAUUAUGGUUAUGGAGAAGAAAGAGAGGGUAGAAGGAUGAGAGAGAAAAGGCCGAAGAUCAGUGUACACAGUGUACAACAUAAGACGAAGCGAAGCAGGCCAAAAACGAAAAUCAUCCACGCCAGCCCGCCUCCUGCCGACGAUCCGAAAAUUGUCAUCGUCCCACAAGCAGCUCCUCCUCCGCAAACAGUCCUGUUAUCGACUGUUUAUGCCGAGAAUGGAUUCAUAGAUCCCAAAGAAGGGAAUGGGACUAUGCUCACUUACACGUUAUGGACCACGCCAGCCAACCUCGGUGAACCUCUCAAUAUCAUUAUCUCCAACCGAUCCUCCCCCCGCGUCCUGGCCGAGACGAUGUUUGAAGGUGGGCUCUACAACUAUCUAGAGGCGGCAGGAUUUGGCGGGGAGUGUAUGGGGCUGCAUAUGGGGGACGCACAGCAAGUCAAUCUGGGAGAUGGUGAUAAAAAUCCGAAGAGGCUACUAGCGCGACUAGUGCUGGAGCUGACAGAACAUAACAAGAAACGCAACGAAGUAUACUCAGGUAUCAAUACUUCCAUGACCACUUUCUAG